CCUCCCCACAGUGUCGCUGCCGCCGCCGCCGCCAGCAGACUCGAAAUACGCCGUUUCCGUCCGCACGUCGUCGUCGCCGAUAAAACCGUCCGGUUUCGUCACGUUCGAGUACUCUCGUCACCGAAAGCGGGGCGGCCGUUACAAAAGCGACUACACAUGGGCUAUGAAAAAACAUUGCAAACAACUGGAGAAACGUAUCGAAGACCAACGGCGUGGUGUGGAGUGCGUCCCCAAAAGGCGCCCGUCCAAAUGUUCUUCCAAAACCGGUGGCAUUUUGAAAAACGAGUCGAGCCCAGAAUUAUCGCGACCCUCGUGCCGUCGGUCUCGACAGUAUUUUCUGGAACCAAUCCGUCGAUGGAACUCGUUUCAUAAUAGCCGGGAACGGAAACCGGCGGCGGCGGCAUCAGCGUCCAGUAACCUGCCGUACUUGCAGACCCUGGUUAACCUGCAGAGGGAAUCCAGAAGCGCUUGUGCCCGGCUCGCUCAUUCUGUGCUGCCUAGAAUACAGAGGGGCGCGGACAGUGCACCAGUUCUCACGGAAGUUCACAACUUCAAGUCGUUCGCACCGACCGCCUCUAGUCCUACCCUGACUUCCGGCGGCCCGGCCAAAAAGCAACAUUCCAGUCCCAAUCUGUUGCUGGUGUACGACCGCCGCACAGGUUUUAGUCCCACGAGUUCGCCCAGGCGAUCCGUGAGACGACUCAAGACUCCGCCGUCGNAGGCGAUCCGUGAGACGACUCAAGACGCCGCCGUCGUCUUCCCAACAACAGCCGUCGGUUGUGGGGUUGGCGACGACGCUGUUCCGGUCUCGACAUCACGUCUUGCCGCCGACAAAUCUGUCAAAGUGCCAUUUGCCAUUAUUGUGGGCGAUUCGACGGUGGCCAAAGACGCGGUGGUGCCCCGGAUCAGGGCCAUCAGAGCAGAUUCGAUGACAGAAAAGUCGUCUUCACAUUUGGCCGUCGACGUGUCACCGCACCGGAGAUACUCGUUUUGUUUUGGAAAACGAACCGGAGGCAGCGCUAGGCGGCCUAACGAAUGCUUCGUGUUGGAGCCUUCGGAAAUGUUGGUGAUGGAUUAUGCAGACUCCCAAAGCGGUUUACGCUCAGUGAGUGCUUCCGUCCCUCGGUACACCGGUAUGGAACGUGGCGGAGCUAUCAAUCUUGUAUUCGACGACAGCUACUGUGCUGCGAUUCGACCUGAAUUGUAUCAGAAGAGCAACCGAAGCUCGCACAGUUCGGACACGAGUUCCGCGUAUUCGGGCAGCGACACCAUGACCAGCGUACACUCGGGCAGUGUGUCGGUGGAGGCCGAUGAAGUGGAUUUGUCGGGACUGGUGGAGUCCAUUGUAGACUCGGACGAAGAUGACUUGGGCGAUAGUAGCGAGAGCCUGACGGUGCGCGACACGGUACGCGAGUGUCUCGAGAAAGACCCGUCUGAAAGGUCAGAAGACGACGUCGAGGUGCUGCUCGAGUUCACGCAGCACUUGAAGGCGUUUACCAACAUGACGUUGGCCGUACGGAGGGCCCUAUGCAGCGUUAUGGUGUUCGCUGUGGUUGAAAAGGCCGGCACGGUAGUGAUGAACGACGGCGAGGAACUGGAUUCGUGGAGCGUACUCAUCAAUGGUCACGUCGAAGUCGAGCACGUUGAUGGUGUACCCGACCAGCUGCAUAUGGGCGACAGUUUCGGUAUCGUACCUACAAUGGAGCGUCUGUAUCACAGGGGUGUUAUGCGUACCAAAUGCGAUGACUGCCAGUUCGUGUGCAUCACCCAGACGGACUAUUACAGGAUACUCCAUCAGGGCGAGGAAAACACCAAGAAACACGAAGACGACGAUGGCAAGUUGGUCAUGGUUACCGAACAAAGAGGCACUCUGGAGGCCGGAAGACGGGGUCAUGUAGUUAUAAGAGGAACGCCAGAAAGACUGAUGCUUCAAUUGAUCGAGGAGAACUCGGUUAUUGAUCCCACAUACGUAGAAGACUUCCUCUUGACCCAUCGUACUUUUAUUAAAAAUUCUAUGGAAGUAGCAAACCAACUGUUGAAUUGGUUUAGUGAACCGUCCGCCAGAGAUCGGGUCACGAGGGUAGUUCUUUUAUGGGUCAACAAUCACUUUACGGAUUUUGAAAUGGACCCUGUUAUGAUGGAAUUCGUGGAAAAGUUUGAAGCGUGCCUGGAAGAGAACAAAAUGAGUGGACAAAUGCGAUUGUUAAAUAUUGCAUGCGCCGCAAAAGCAAGAGCCAGGUGCGUCACAUUGGCCAGACCGUGUCGAGAUCAGGUGCUACACUUUUCCAUAUUAGGAGGAUACGAAAGAGGAUUCGGCAUAUUUAUAUCCAAGGUGGACAAGGGUUCAAAAGCAGAAGAAGUUGGUCUUAAACGCGGUGAUCAAAUUUUGGAAGUCAAUGGACAGAGCUUUGAACAUGUAACCCAUACACGAGCUUUAGAAAUUCUUCGAGGGACCACUCACUUAAGCAUUACUGUAAAAUCAAAUCUUUUGGUGUUCAAAGAAAUGCUGGCCACACCAGAUAAUUCUCCUAGAACGAGAAAUCGUCAAAAACAAUCGGUCGAAAUUGCCCGGCUUCAAGAUGAUCCUCGAGCACGGCCGUUACUCACUGCCAACCUACCUCCUCCUAUUCAACAACCAAUUAAGACUUCCACUGUUAAUACUACUUCAGCAAACUCGUCUAGUGGAGGAGGCUUUAUGACCCUAGGUCCUAAAAAACGUUUGCAGCGAGCUCUAAUGAAGAUGAAUAUUCUCCCAAAAAAUAUCAUCGGGGGUGACGUGUGUGAUGAUAGCUCCGUUUCGGUGUCUGGCAAAUCUGAUACUAGCUCAAAUUUUAAACAGUCUCAUAGCCAUCCAGAUCUCACGUCUAUGUCUUAUUUGGAUGAUCCACGAGCAAUGGCUGCCGCCGAUUAUCCUGAGCAUGUACUCAAAGUUUAUAAACCUGAUCAGACUUGCAAGUAUCUUCUAGUGCAUAAAGAGACAACAGCCCAUGAGGUGGUCAUGCUAGCAUUACAAGAAUUUGGUAUCACUGAACCGAGCUCAAACUUUUCUCUUUGUGAAGUGUCUGUAUCUGAAGGGGGUAUAAUCAAACAAAGAAGGUUGCCUGAUCAAUUACAAAACCUUUCAGAACGUAUCGGGUUAAGUAGUAGAUAUUAUUUAAAAAAUGUUGGUAAUACAGAGACUCUUGUUGGAGAUGAACUUGCUGCUGAUUUAGUACGAGAAAGUAAUGUUCACUUUUUGCAACUUAAUGCUGUGGAAGUGGCAGUUCAAUUAACACUCCAAGAUUUCUCAAUAUUUAGACAAAUUGAAGCUACUGAAUAUGUUGAUGAUUUAUUCCAAUUAGACAGCCGAUAUGGUACGCCAAUGCUUUCGAAGUUUGCUGAGUUGGUUAACACAGAAAUGUUUUGGGUAGUGACUGAAAUUUGUUCAGAACAUAACCUUAUUAGACGGUCAAAAAUGAUCAAACAAUUUAUUAAAGUAGCACGUCAAUGUAAAGAAUGUAAAAAUUUCAAUUCUAUGUUUGCCAUCAUCUCGGGUCUUGGCCAUGGUGCUGUAAGUCGUCUACGACAAUCUUGGGAAAAACUACCCACUAAGUACCAACGGUUAUUUGGGGAUCUUCAAGAUUUGAUGGAUCCUUCUCGAAACAUGAGCAAAUACCGUCAAUUAGUCAGCAACGAACAAUCUCAACCUCCAAUUAUUCCAUUUUAUCCUGUUGUCAAGAAAGAUUUAACAUUUAUACAUUUGGGGAAUGAUACUCAUGUAGAAGAUUUAAUUAAUUUUGAAAAGCUAAGAAUGAUUGCCAAAGAAGUUAGGAAUCUUACUAAUAUGUGCUCAUCUCCAUAUGACUUACUAACGAUGUUGGAGCUUGGUGGACAACCAACAUCUAAUGCUAUGGUAGCUUUAAACCAACUUACAACAGGUGUAAGUGGAGGGCCACAUCAAGCUGGAGCUGCUACAGUCAAAAGAAGAAAAAAGUCAACUGCAGCACCAAACCCAAAGAAAAUGUUUGAAGAAGCUCAAAUGGUAAGGAGAGUUAAAGCUUAUCUUGCCAAAAUGAAGGUAAUAACAGAUGAAGAAAAACUUCACGAACUGUCAAUGAGUUGUGAAGGCUCGAGCACCAGUGGAUCUAUUAUGAGCACUGGACCUAUUCGUAAACGACAUCCUUCUCCUACACUUUCAACUGCUAGUAGUGCCAGCAGUGCUAGUGAAGGAUUGAAAAAUAGUGGUCCUAAAUUUGGCUCUGCAUCACCUCAAGCAGUGAGAAAAUUAUUAUCUUUAAGUGAACCUAGCAAAACUAGAUUACAUCAGCCCAGAUAUCAUAUGGCUCCUUCUCCAGGCCCUCCAACACGUAGAAAUGUUCACCAGCCUACUAACAUUCCUGCUACAUCACAUGAACGAUCACAUUCUGACACCACACCUUUAAAUCCACCUCCACCUUUACUUUUAUCAUCAGUUGAUUUAAAUGCUGAGAGUAGCAGUGUUACCAGUUUAUCUAAUCUAUCUCUUAGAAAAACAAUUACAUCUACGGGAUCCGUGACAUCGAGCGAUUCAGGACAUUCAACCCAGACAAGUGGAUCAGUGGACAUUUGUAUGCCUCAAGGAGCUUCACCUCCACCUCCACUACAUUUAAGGAGACAUUCAGUGCUUCAGCCCCCAUCGGGUUACCAAAUUGGAAAUCGCCCAAUAUAUGUUCCAAAUGUCCAAGCGGGAUCCAAUUGUGUCAGGUCAAGACCUCCACCAGCAUACAACACGAGCGUUGCUCAAAUGGCAGCCAGAAUGCAUCGGCUGGGAAGAGCACAUUCCCAUGAGGGCGUUACAUCGACUUAUUAUAUGAGAGACGAUGUUGAUGAUGACGAUGAUGAUGAUGCUCAAGUAUCAGCAGUAUGACUAGUCAAACCAUCUAUAAUAAAAAAAUAAUAAGCCAUGAACAUAUCAAAACAAAAAAAUGAUUUGAGAAUUUUAAGAUUAUUGUUUCCAUUUUAUUUAUAAGUACAAAAUAUAACUAUUACGCAUUGUAUUGUGAGAGCUAUACGACUUAUGGGUGUACAUUUUGUUUUGUAAAUUUUCCAAAACUUUGUACUUAGAUUUUUCUUUUAAUCUUUUCUAAAAAUUUCUCAAUGUCAUAGUAAUAUGCUAUUAGAUAUAAAUUAAGUAUGUAUUAAAUGUUGGUAUUAUUUUUAUAACAUUAUUAUUAAUUAUUUUAUUAAUAAUUUUUUUUUUAUGUUAUUUCAUUUUUAUGAUUAUAUGCUUUCUUUUUGUUGCAUUAUUGUAUCGGCAAUAUAAAUUAAUUACAUUAGUCAUUUUUAUAGUGUGUCUAUAGUAUUGUACAUUUAUCUAAAAAAUAGAGAUAAGAUCUAUACAAGAAAAAAGACACANAAAAGACACAAAAAAAAAAAAAAUUACUGUAUUAUUUCUAUGUACUUUUUCAAAAGUAUUAUUUUGUAUAUCAAUAUAAAUUAUUUAGUCAAAUUGCCUAAAUGAAUCACAUCAUGUCUAUAAUCCAUUUUAUGAAUUAUUAUUACCUGCUGUUGUGUUAUUAUGAUUUAUACUUUUUCAUUUGUUUUUAAAUUUUAUUCCUAAAUUUUAUAUUAUAUAAAUGUAAAUUACAUGACUUCGAAUUUAAUUUAUGUAUUGUUGCUAUUGACUGAGUAAGUGUAAAUCAUUCAUAAAUAUUAUCAUGUUUUUUUUUUAAUUAUUAUUAUUUUUUAAUUUUAUUUGUAUUUACUUUUUACCAUGACAUUAAGCUUUAUUUAAAUGUUAAAAUAUGAACACUAUGCCAAAUCAUAAUUAUUGAGAACUUAUUUGGUAUCCAUGAACAAUUCUUUUUCUUUUAUUGACGUGGAUUAUUUAUAAUGGAAAUAAAAAUAACAAAAUCAAAUAUUUUCUUAUUUCCUUCAUAAUAAAUGUCUUGUUUAUUUUGUCUUAUA